AUGAAGAAAGACAUGAUUGGCACUUAUUCCCUUUUCCCCAGAUAUAACACACCAGCUUGGAGACAAGCAUGCAUUCGUUCACUUAAAGUCCUGGACAUGACUUCAAGUCCCGUAAGACAUGAGGACAACAUCCAAAUGGAUUGUGCAGGAAGCAUGUACGAACUAGCUAACCAUACCAACAACACAUUUAAUAAUGAGAGAGGGUGGCCUACAUCAAAUCCUUAUCUUCAGAAACUAGUCCAAGAUUUGUCUUCGCUUGAGAAAUACCAGCUGAGGGAAGCGGAGGAGCGUUGGGGGUGGGGGAGGUUGGGAGGUAUGGUGGGGCUGGGUUAA